GCUGGCUCCUCAACGCAAUGCCUCUCCUCCGCCCUACUCUCCCCCCCCGCUGCGCCUAGCGAGCCAGACCUGAGCCUAAGGCCGAGUGUACCACCAGAGCUCCUUCGGCCUCCGGUAACGAUACCGGUGGGCCAAUUCGCCAAAGAGGUGGCUUCAGAACCCUUAGCUGCUAUCCCACCGUCCCCGACCUCCUCGACAUCUCACACCCCACUCGGCAGCGAUGCUGGCCAGGCUGGUUCCUCACCGCUUCAUCCGCGAGUGGCUGUUAUCUUGGGUGUUGACCGCCGGUGGUACAUACCCCUUUUGGUCUGCAGGGCAUUGAGCACGCUGCCUGCGGGUUGGUGGGGCUUGAGAUGUGCAUUUACCUUCUUGGCUGAGUUGUUGCAUAUUCGGCCGGGGAUGGGACGAGAGGGCUGGGCGGCGGCUAUUGUGGGGAGUGUAGGGCAGGAGUGGGAUGUUGAAAGGAGGUUCAGGGUUACUGAAGUGGCAUUGGCUAUUAUGUGGUGCUGCGCAUCCGCAUAUCUUUCCUAUUUCUUUGCUGAUUGUAUGAUGUCUCGAUGGCUUCUGAAUUACACCCCGCCGGCUGUUGUAAUCCGACUUUUGACAACAAAUGGCUUAAUUGCUUAUAUCACAUCUUGGGUCCUAUACCUAUCCGGCGCGUCUUCUGAUCCGCGACUUCUUCUCCCCGCCUGGAUAUCCAUUACCACCUCUUUAACAUUCGUCUACCACGCCACCCAAAAUCAUGCAAAAAUCAAACGAGAAACAGCAGCAUCACUCCUAGUUGUCUCCGCCGCCAGUUUCCUAAGCAUGUCGUCGCUUCUCCUCCAACUCCACCUAACUCGGGAAAAUGAGCCCGAGGUCCCCGUUUUCGUAAUCACUCGCAAGCUAUGGGACUGGGCGGUUGCAAUUUUCCUACGUAUGCGUAUCGCCGAUGAUCGCUAUGCUAGAGAAUUGUAG